UGACGACAGAGUUACCAUAUUUAUGUUCUUAGAGAGAACUGUUCAUGUCAAGAAAUGACUACAUUUUAAUUUCGGAGGACUAGAGACUCUGGAUUUGUCUGAACAAAAAAAAAAUGUAAUUGUUGACCAAUGAGUGACACUUAGGCUUCGAAUGGAUGAUGCAGAUCAAAAAAUGCAGAUCAAACAGAAAUGCAGAUCAAGCAGAACAAAUGCAGAUCACGCAGAUCAAGCAGAACAAAUGCAGAUCAAAUUAAAUUGACAAAUUAUAAUUUUUAAAUGAAUUAAAAAAAUUAAAAAAAAUUGAAUAAAAAUUAAAUAUCUAAAAAUACAACUUAUUAUAAAUAAGUAAAAAUAUCAUGUUGAAAAAAUAAAAAAUAAAUACCAUCAUUUAAUACUGAAAUUUAUAUUUAUAUGAAAAUUCAGUACAGUUACAAAAAUUAUAAAGAGUAUUCUUGUUUUUCUCUUAUUUUUUGUAUCUUUAUUAAAUUUUUGGUUCAUUCUUACCCUUUGGCUCAACUAUAGAACUAAUACUAUUGAUUUUACAUAUAUUAUAUUGUAUAAACAAAAUCUUAAUUUAACAAUUUAACGUAAUGUGUAUAAUAUGUUUUGCAUACAAUUAUAUAAAAUUUUGAGUAUCUAAAUUGAGUAUAUACAGUAAAACAUUUAUGCAUUAAUAGUCGAUAAAUUAUUUCAGUCUCGGACUGGACCAGUUCACAAUAUAACACAAAUCCGUAAAAUAAUAAUUUUUAAGCAAUUUUUAUAUAAAUACAUGGUCCCAUUAAAUUUAUAAAUUAAUAAUAUAUAUUUUUUUAUAUUCAAAUGAUAUUAUCUCUAUUUCUCUUAACAAUUUAAUAUAUUUUGAUUAUAUUUAAUAAAAUUAUAUCUAAGAAAUAAUAUAAUAAAAAUAAUAUGAAAGUGGAAUUUCAAAAACUUAAUUAAUGUAUAUAUAGUAAAAUUAAUCAUUUUCAUUUUAUAUAAAAAUAUACUCUAUAAUUAGAAAACCUAAAAAAUAAUUUUUUUUUGUAACUUAAUCUCUUUAAAUUAAUAAAAUUUUACAGUCCCAUCAUUAUUAAUUUAUAAAAUGUUCACGUAUGUGUUUAUGAAAUUGUAUAAAAUUUAAUAUAUAUAUAUAUGUAUAGAAUAUAUCAUUUUAUAUAGUUGUAUAAAAAUCAUCUUAAAAUUCUUUAUAAGACAAAAAAGACUUACUUUUAAAGAAGAGUUUUUGCUGUGAAAAAUUAAAUAAACUAGUAUUUAAUACUUAUUUAUAAGUAAAGAAAAAGACAAAAAAACAGUUAUUCAAAAAAUGAUAAUUAAAAGGAAGCAUGCAUUGAUUGGGCAUCUGCAUUUGAUCCACCCGUUUUUUCCUUGUUCAUGCAGGACAAUAUUUUAUCACAUUGGUUUGUUCUGCAUGCAGUUUUAUUUAAUUUUUAUUAUUAUUAUUUCUCCAGCACUUUUAUGGUGAUUGGAAGCUAAAUACAGAACAAUCUGCAUAUCUUUUUCUCGUGUGUUUUUUCUGCAUUUCUCCUGUCACACAUUCAGACCCUUAGUUGAUAAUAUAAAAUUUAUGUGAAUCGAUAAUAUAAGUGUGUGAAUAAAGCUGUGUGUGAAUAAUAAUAAUAAUUAGUGUCACCAAUGCAAAUAGUAAUAAUAUCAUUUAUGACUUUAUUAUUAUAAGAACAAUAAUAAUAUUUCUUCUUUUGUUAAAGAUUUGAUUGGGCCUCAAUAAACGUAAUUUAUUUUCUUCUCGAAACUAACGUUAUAUUGACCCGUUAUAUAUGUUUACUUAUUUAAAAAUAGGACCGUUGUAAAUUACAACUUGUAAUUGACCCGUUAGUGUAAAGACUGAAAAAAACAUCGAACGAACACAAAUUACUUUUAAAAUAAGACCGUUGUAAUUAACCCGUUACGUAAAAUAUUGAAUAUACAUCGAAGGAAUACAAAUAACUUAAAAAAUAAGACCGUUGUAAAUGAAAAUGAGCCGUUGGGCGCUCCUCUAUAUAAGAAGAGCUCCUCUUGCCUUCUUUCACCAUCAACUUUGUCCUCCUCUCAAUUCUUACAAACAAAGAGACAAGCAAAAUAAAAGACCAACAAGAGUUAAAGACUCUGUCGGAGAAAGAAGACUCGGUCGGAGAACGAAGACUCUGUAGGAGAAAGACAUAAUGGCGACAAGAUUCAAACAAACAUGCCUGAUCAAGUCGGAGGUGGCGGAUGAUGUGAAGAAUAGUCGUGCGCUCGGUGACAUCGGAGAGAGGAAGCCAAAACCCAACCGACUCCAACGGAGGUCGCGCUUAUGGUUUAAAGAUGCUGCACAUGUGAAGAAUCGCCGGAGCUGAUCAGAACCGAGAGAGAGAGGAAGCCAAAUCCCACACUGCCCAUACGGUCAAACAUUCCAUCCACCGACUCCUGUUGUCAUUUUUGACCGAUGAUGACGCAAUCACCAACCUCCUUCCUUCUUCAGUGCAUAUGUCUUGAAUGUGGUGUGGAUCAACAAAGUCUAUAGCAUCUAAGCAAAGUUCAAGCUGCGUCUACUGAAUCAGAAAAACACUAACCAUGUCGAGAAAACAUGUAAGAGAUAGAUUAAUUUUGAUAUGGAAAUAUAUAAGAAAACCAGGACCGUAGACUACAGUUUGGCAGUUUUAUGCCAGAGAGAGUGGAGAUAGUUAUGGGAAAGCUGAGUUGAUAUCACUGGAGGAGCUAAAAGAUGAAUCAAAGGGGAUAUACCUUGUGAAAGACACCAUUGUCCUUGAAGCUGUUAUGCUUUGUUUCUCAGAGACUAAGUUGGUCGACUCCACUAUCUAGAUACUUUUCUUCUCUGUGUGUCUCAUGUGUUGUUUGAUUAUGGAUCAACUAGUAUCUUAGUAAAUUUCUUUUAGUCUAAGAAAUGUUGUUAGAUAUUAGUAUAUUUUUUAUGUCAUAUUGUCCAUAUGAUGACGAAAAUAACAUGUCUUUGGUAAUUUUGUACACAUAGCUAAUCUUAAAAUUUCACCAUGUUUUUACAGUCCAUAUGGACACGGUGAAGUUGUUGACCAAUUUGUGAUGUCCAUAUGGAUAGUCGUGAACAUAUUCUAAAAGUCCAUUCUGAAGUCCAUAUCAUCAUUUGAAGCUUUUCAAGAAUCGAUGUCUUCCUGUAAUAAGUUUAGCUCAUUUGUAUGUCAUGGUCAAAUGAGACAUUUAGCUAAAAUCAGAGAUCAAUAAUCUUAAUAUAUGUAUAAAAAUUGGAUAACGUUAUAAAAUCUUAUAUUUCUUCUUCUUUUUAGUUCUAAAGAAAAUUCUGAAGAAAACAACACGAAUGAGCCAAAAAAUCAUAUAUUGCGAAAAUAGUUUCAUUUACAUAUAUUAUUACCAUGAGCACAAUUAACUAUAUAGGAUUACACUAUAGGAAAAAAAAGAUACACUAUCAAAACAAAAUAUAAAAACAGUUAAAUAUUGAUGGGCAUAUAACUAAGACUAUAAAAAUUAGCUAGGCAUUCAUGGAGAAAGUUGGUUGGGGAAAAUUGGAGUGGACCCCAAUAUUUACCAUUGCGUUUAGUUGUCCAUUGCAUAUGGAACAUAUGUUUAAAACCCAUCUUCAAUAGUACACAAAAAUGUAUUCUAUAUUUUACUUUAAAAUAGAGUAAUUCUAUUAUAAAAUUGAAUUAAAUUUGCUUUAAUGGUUCAUUCUAUAAUAGAAUUACUCUAUAAUAAAGUGAAAUACAGAGUAAUAUUGUUUUUCAUUCUAUAUUUGUAGUAAAAAAAUAACAUUAUUCUAUAUUUCACUAUAUUAUAGAGUGAACCAUUUGGACAAAUUCAAUUCUAUAAUGGAGUUAUUCUAUUUUAGUGUAAAAUAUGGAGAAAAUUUUUGUAUCCCAUUGAAGAUACCCUAAGCUACAUGGACAAAAUCUGACUGCUCCAUAUUUUCUUAGUGUUCGUAUGAAAACCUCUAGAACUGAAAAAUAUUUAAAAACACACAAUAAACACAAAACAUUUUUUCACUGUUUCGGAUCUAUCGGAAUUAUUUGUGCCAACUUGUUUCAUUUUCGUCGGAACUGUUAACGAAGAGGAGGAGGAUCAUGGCUUUUGUUCUUCUUUGAUACAUAGAUUUAUUCUUAUUCUCAUUUGAUUAACACCAUUUUAAAAAUUUAAGGUUCUUCCAGAGAGCAAAAUCUCAACAUCUUUAAUCGAAAUCAAAACAUCUCUUGGGGUACACACAUUGGUCUUAAUUUAAUUUUUAUUAGGAGUUAAAUUAUCGCUGUUUGGCUAGUUUAGAUUUGACAAUCGAUCCAAGUGGUUGAUCCAAAUGGUUAACACGGUGGGUCGUAAUGAAUUUAUCCAUAGGUCUUAUUACGUAAUUUUCUCUGUAAUAAAUAAAAACUUAUAAAUUAAUAUGACUUGUUGAUGCGUCUAUACAUAAAUCAACAGAACUCACAUUCAAUUUUCUUGAUAAGUAACUAAGAGCAUGAUUAAUGCAUGUCUCUUAUGAUAAGGUUCUUAGCUUAAUAUAAAAUAUAGUUUAUUAGCUUUUAAAUAAAAAAACUAAUAGAUGUCUCUUAAAUAUGAGAUAUAAGAAUCACUUAGAUAACUUUUAUUAAUAAAAUAAUUAUAUAAUUAAAAUUUAUUUUAAUAAAAUAAAAUAAACCAUUUACAAAAGGACACGUAAUGGGAAAAUAAGAGACUAAGCUAAGAGAUGUCUUAAAUAAGAGACAUAUCUUAUUUAUCUCUCAUAUUUUUUAUUAAUUUUUUAUAUUUUAAAAGUAAGAGAUCUCGCUAAGAAACUUGCAUUAAACAUGCUCUAAAAAAUGUUUAUUAGUUUUUUUUAGUUAAAAAUUAAAAGACCUUAUCUUAUAUUAUGAUAAAAACCAUGAAAUCCUUAGUCAUGCUCUGAGAACCACAAAAAAAGGGAGCUAUCCUAGAGAUAUGCAGUGCUUCAUCCAACGUACCCUUUCUUUUUUUCUCCUUUGUCAUCUUAUUAUAUAAUCCCACUCCCCGCAUGUUUCUAAAAUAUAUACACAUAACUUGCAUAGUACACAAAGUCACAUAUCGAUCAAACUCUCUUAGCGAUGUGCACGCCGUCUUCGUUGGACGAGAUCAGAAAGGCACAGAGAGCAGAUGGCCCUGCAGGUAUCUUGGCGAUAGGCACGGCCAACCCUGCGAACCAUGUGAUCCAAGCGGAGUAUCCCGACUACUACUUCCGCAUCACCAACAGCGAACACAUGAUCGACCUUAAGGAGAAGUUCAAGCGCAUGUGCGACAAAUCGGGGAUAAGGAAACGGCACAUGCACCUGACGGAAGAGUUUCUGAAGGACAAUCCAAACAUGUGCGCCUACAUGGCUCCUUCUCUCGACGUUCGACAGGACCUAGUGGUGGUUGAAGUCCCUAAGCUAGGCAAAGAGGCGGCAGUGAAGGCCAUCAACGAAUGGGGUCAGCCCAAGUCCAGGAUUACCCACCUUGUCUUCUGUACUACCUCAGGAGUUGACAUGCCUGGUGCCGACUACCAGCUCACCAAGCUCCUUGGUCUUUGUCCUUCUGUCAAGCGUCUCAUGAUGUACCAGCAAGGUUGCUUCGCGGGGGCCACUGUCCUCCGUCUCGCCAAGGACCUCGCCGAGAACAACCGUGGCGCACGUGUUCUCGUCGUCUGCUCCGAGAUCAUAGCCCUCUUCUUCCGUGGCCCCUCUGACACCCACCUUGAUUCCCUCCUCGGACAGGCCCUCUUCAGUGACGGCGCCGCCGCACUCGUUGUCGGUUCGGACCCGGACAUCUCUGUGGGAGAGAAACCAAUCUUUGAGAUGGUGUCUGCCGCGCAGACCAUCCUCCCAGACUCGGACGGCGUUAUAAAUUUACAGUUGAGGGAAGCGGGACUCACCUUCCAUCUCCUGAAGCACGUCCCUAGGCUCAUCUCGAAGAACAUUGAAAAGAGUCUACACGAAGCGUUUAAACCGCUGGGGAUAAGCGACUGGAACUCCCUCUUCUGGAUAGCCCAUCCUGGUGGUCGAGCGAUCCUUGAUGAGGUUGAGAAAAAGCUAGGACUCAAGGCAGAGAAGCUGAGGGCCACACGUCACGUGUUGAGCGAGUACGGAAACAUGACGAGCGCGUGCGUCCUCUUCAUAUUGGACGAGAUGAGGAGGAAGUCCGCCGAAGAUGGUGUGGCCACGACAGGAGAAGGGUUGGAGUGGGGUGUCUUGUUUGGUUUCGGACCAGGUCUCACUGUUGAGACACUAGUCUUGCACAGCGUUCCUCUUUGAACAGGAGGCUCCCUUCUUAUACCUACCAUAAUCAUUUGUGCCUUAUGUUUUUUUUUUUCAAAUUAAUAUAUAUAUUUAUGUAAUGCAAUAACUAAGGAAGAAUGGGUCCUUUCAAUUUAAAUGUCUGUCUUUCUUUCAUUGAAUACAAUAUUAAAUUAAUGGGA